UGUUUGAUAUAUUCAUUGCUUUGAUGUAGUUAAGGUCUCUGUGGUGACAACUAGUCAACUUGCUUCUCGGAACUCCAUUCAAAUAAGAACAACACCCUUCAAAACCACAAUGGCAGCAUCUUCUAGCUUCACAGAAGACUUGAAAGCACAGUUAACUUGUGCUAUUUGUAACGAUAUCUUCACUGAUCCAAGAACACUACCGUGCCUACAUACUUUCUGCUUUAAUUGCAUCAAAGGUUGGAACGAAGCUUGUCAGAUAGAACGAAAGAGGCUGAGAUGUCCAACUUGUCGAGCAGUAGUCAAGAUCGAAGGAGACGACAUCUCGAAGCUUCCGUCUUCGUUUACAUACAACUCGCUGCUUCAGCUAUUCAACGUCAUGAAGACCAAGACUGACGAACACAGCCAACAGCAGCUUCCAGAGUGUGUAGGUUGCAGCAAACGAAGCGUAUUGGUUGGAUUUUGUCCUCAAUGUGAAGGAAUAAUUUGUAAUGAAUGCAUCGACCAACACAAAACAGUAAAGCCAUUAAUAAAAACCCAUCAAGCAACGCUGUGGAGCGAAUUCAAGACACAAAAUGUCAACAGCUACAUCAACAAUCAAACCAUUUGCAAGGAAAAAUAUCACCAGAAAUGCCGUCUCGAUUACUACUGCAUCACUUGCAAGAAGUGUAUUUGUCAAAAAUGUGGCACAACUGCACACAGCAGCCAUGACAAGGUCAGCAUCGAGGAGGCAGCUGAAGAUGCUAAAAACCUUAUCAGAAAAGAAAAGGAUCGACUGAAUGAGCUGCUUCUUGGCUACAAGAAAGAAUUAAAACUGUCCAAUGAAAAUAUGACAAGGAUUCAAAGCGAGGUUGACACAGCAAAGGCAAAAGUACGAAAUGACACACAAGCUUUGAUGAAGAUUCUACAAGACCGCCAAAACGCUUUGAUUGCUACCUUGGACGGCCUCCUUGCAGAACAAACAACAGCUAAUGAAGACGAAAAAAAAGAUAUCAACGCCAACAUUCAACAAGUCACUGAAUUGAAACAUCAGUGUAAAACAACGGAAGAGAAAAACUUAGAAAAAUUCAUAUUGGAAAGCUACGAAAGUUUACUAGACGUUUGUAAAGCUACAGCGCAAAACAAGUCCAUCUUAUCGACCAAACCAGUCGAGCAAAACACAAGCAUUCAUUUCAUUCCAAACACGGAAGCCGCCCCGAUGAUGCAAAAAUUCAAACUGGGUGAGGUGGUGGAAAGCGUGACAGAUGCGUCACGUUGUUCUAUGGAAUCUGUAAGUAACGUCAGAUGUGGUUUUAUCAAUGAAUUUGUCAUCGUGACAAGAAAUUCACAAGGGGAUAUAUGCCAUACCAAUAAAGAUAUACUUGAUGUACAAAUUCAAGAAGUCGAUGGCAACAAUGUUCAGAAAGAACUGACCGAAACUGAAACUGGAAGAUUUCUAGUUACGUAUAAAGCUGAGAAACCUUCACCGUACAAAGUUCUGGUGAGUAUUGGAGGAAAAAGGAUCAAAAACUCACCAAAGAACAUUGAGACAAUCGAUGCUAAAGCAGAAUUUCAACCCUCGAAGAUUAUUGAUGUCAAACAGAGGAUGUCCAAUCCCAUUACACUUGAUGUAAGUGAUAGUGGCGACAUUGCUCUGGUUAAUAACGAUUUCAACAAUGAUUUCCGUGUUGUGUUGUUCAAUGCUGAUGGAGAGUAUUUGCGAGACAUUGGUGGUGCUGGAUCAGGAGAAGGUCAGCUGAGUCACCCAUUUGGAGUAAUCUUCAAUAAGGACAAAUUGGUCAUCACCGAUAAUCCAGGUAGUUAUGGCUGUAUCAGGGUAUUUGACAUCGAUGGUACCUACAAAAGAACUCUUUGCAAACUAUCUAGCGGAAUGAUACUGAAAAGAAUGUGUGCAGCCAAUCAAACCAUUGCGUGUUUGUGCUACGAUCAGAAUAUUACAGAGACAUUUAUAAAGGUCUUUGAUAAAGACAGUUAUGAUCACCUUCAUGACAUCAAACUGGAUGAUCCUGCUAAUCGUCGCAUGCAUCCGUUCUCAUUGGUUUAUGACAACAAUAAGUACUUUGUGUCGUUUUUCAAACGCAGCACGGUUCGUGUUUUUGACGAGAAAGGUAGUCUGUUAUACACAUUUGGAAUGGAAGGCAACAAAGAAGGUCAGUUUAACGAUGUACGUGGACUUGCUGUGUUUGGUAAAGAAAUGCUUUUUGUCUGUGAUCUAAAUAACCACCGCGUGCAAGUCUUCAGUCAAGAAGGUCAGUUCAUAACGUCCUUUGGUAGCUAUGGUUCAGGUCUUGGUCAAAUGAAUCGUCCUUAUGACGUUGCUGUUACACCAGAUGGUCGAGUAUUUGUACUUGAACGUUGGGCCCAACGAGUGCAGGUGUGGAGAUGAGAUCUGUUGACUGCCUUCAUAGCGAUGUACCCAUGAAACACAUACUAACUGUUACACAACAAAUAUGUACAAUUAUAGUCACAGAGAACAUGAGUUUGUAUCCUCCGUAGCAGCAGAACAUUUGUUUCUACCAUAUUUUAGAAGAACAAAAAUCCCACGAGAAACAUUAGCUAUAAUCCAUUGACGGUCUUUUUUUCAUAUUCAUUACGGAUGGGAAAUUGCAGUAGUUUAGAACCAUUUUCUUUUCUUUUGAUUUUUUCACUCAAAAACCUUUUUCAUUAUACUUCGUAUAGAAAAUUUCAAUACAGAGUAAUUUAUGCUGUCCAAUUUACUUCUAAGUAACAUUUUG